AUGGGCGACCAAAACAUGCCCGAAAAAUCCAUCAAGACGUCUUUGAAGAGGAAUAAAGGAAAAAUUCGAAAGGCCGGAAGUCAGACUGAAGAGGACAGGGACGAGGAUUUCAAAAUUAAAAAAAAAGUUGUGGAGAAAUCCGAAGUUCGCAGAAAUCCAAGAAGGCAAGUCGAUGUGAAGAAUUAUGAGGAACUUGAGGAACCGCCGGAUGACAGAUACGUUUACUGCGACUUUUGCGAAGAAGUUUUCGUGGACGAUUGUGCUAAGUGUGGCCAAUUGUUUUAUUUGAAAGAUGUUGAGGUACCGAUGGGUAAGGAAAAUAGGGCCAAGUGCACUGUGCCGAAGAACACUUUGGCCAUCUUACCUUCCCCAAUCCACGGCUUGGGCGUUUUUGCAAAAGUGGCCUUGAAGAAGGGAAUCAAAAUGGGGCCUUACGAGGGAAAAAUAACAAAGGUGGAGAGCACAGCUGGCUACAGUUGGAAACUUAGAGAUGGUAGGCUGGUAGAUGCUGCUGACGAUAAAUUUUCCAAUUGGAUGAGGUACAUCAACUGUGCCAGGCAUGUUGGAGAGCAGAAUGUGGUGGCUUUUCAGUACAAGGGCAACCUGUACUACAGAACCUGCAGCGAUAUAAAGGUGGGCGAAGAGCUGCUGGUGUAUUACGGGCAUAGUUUCGCCAAAAACUUGGGGAUAGACGUGCGUAAUUAUUUCAAACCGAAAGAAGAGGAGAUCAACGAAAAUCCGAAAUGUUGUCCUCAUUGCAACUACGGGUAUAAGGAUUCCGACAGGUUGAUGUACCAUAUCGGUUUGUGCAAGUGGAACCCGAAGAAUAUACAGAGGGUCCCGGAUAAGGUUUUCUUCUGUAGAUUUUGCCCCGCGGGGAUAACCAACGAGGAGUUGUAUAAGAAACACGAAAUUUUUUGCCAGAAGAAGAAACAUAAAGUAGUUCCCGAAAAAACCAAACGAAAGGGAAAAAAAGACAGGUGCGAGUUUUUGAAGAAGUAUAAUUGUGACAAGUGCAAUUAUACAACAUUUCGUAGAAGUGAUUUGGAGAGCCAUAAAAGAAUACACGAUGAUUUCUUCCCAUUCUCUUGUAAAAUUUGUAUUAAAGGUUUCAAUGCCCUCAAAGAAUUAAGAGUUCACAUGUUGAAACAUCUGGAUAUGGUUGUUGUUGAUAAAACUGGAGAUCACAGUUGGAUCUGGGGAAUAAGAGGAGAUAUCGCAGAUUGA